ACCUCACGGCAACAGCGGAGCGGUUUGUACGAUGAUGGCGUGGCUCAAGCUCGACAGAAGGUCUCCGGCGAGACGGACAACAGCAGCACGGAUAAGCAAGCGAUCGACAGCAGCGUGCGCUGCCGUUGCGCUCCUUCCGGGUGCAAUGUCCUUUCUGCGGGCCGCCGGUCUUGGCGUUGGCGGAGGUAGCAGCAACUUCGGCGGCCGCGGCGGCGGCGGCGGCGUUUUGCGCACUACUACCUCGAGGUUCUACGCGCACGCGCACUCGGUGUCGGGGGCGAAUGGGGGUGAUGGCGGGCGGGCGCAAGCGAGGCACGCAGGCGUUGCCUUGCGCUGGCGUGGCGGCGGCCGCAGAGGGCUGGCCAUGGUCGCGGGGGAAGGAGGCGAGGGUUCCGACUACGAUUUCGCGAAGCGGGCGACGCGGUUCGAGAGCUCCUUCGCGGAAGGGGACAGCGCCUCUGCCAAGCGUGCGGUUCCGGUGACCGUGCUGCCGGACAAGGCGAGAGAGGAGGAGGAGGGGGAGGGGGGGNAGGGGGGGGAGGGGGGGGUUUGGUGGUGUUUGGCAAGCUUCGAGCGGUGGCUCGGCUCCCAACCCCCCUCGUCCAAAUCUUGGAUCAAGGCCCUAGGUCAGGACUCCCACACGGCCGGUCGAUUAGUGCUGGUGCCCUCCUCCGUCGGCGAUCGGGGUGGGCAGGAGGGGGAGGAGGUUUCCCUCUCGGAGGUAGCGUUUUGCCUCGGGGAAGGGGAUGAUUCCGCGGGGUCCCCAUUCUCCUUGUGUUCGCUCCGUGAGAAGCUUCCCGCGGGCACUUACGCGCUGCGCGGAGCGGAUGGGGACGUGGCGGAGCCAGACACUGCGGCUCUCUCUUGGGCGAUCGGGGGAUACUCCUUCGACCGGUUCAAGAGCAAGAAGGGCGACGGGGGCGAGAAGGGCAAGGAGAAGGAAGACAGCAAGGUAGUGCUUGCGUGGCCGGCGGGUGCCGACAAGGCCCGGGUCACCGCGGCGGCGGCGUCGACGUUCCUGGUGCGGGACCUGAUCACCACGCCUUGCGAGCACAUGGGCCCUCAGCACCUCGAGGCCGUGUUCACCUCGCUGGCGGAGGAGUUCGGUGGGACCACGAAGGUGGUCCGGGGAGAUGAAUUACUGAAGGAGGGUGACAGCUAUCCAAUGGUUCAUGCCGUCGGGCGCGCGGCCGGGGUCGGGCGGGAGCCCAGGCUUCUCGACCUGACUUGGGCGCCUCCUGGCUCCGACGCUGAGAGCCUCCCCAAGGUGACCCUCGUGGGCAAGGGUGUCUGCUUCGACACCGGCGGGCUGGACAUCAAGCCGGCGGCCGGCAUGCUCACCAUGAAGAAGGACAUGGGCGGGGGCGCGCAGGUGGGGAUAUUGGUGCUUGGGUUGGCGAGGAUGAUCAUGUCUCAGGGCCUUCCCGUGCGGCUGCGGGUGAUGGUACCCGCCGUUGAGAACGCCAUCGACGGUGGUGCUUUCCGCCCGGGGGACGUGCUCGUUUCUCGCAGCGGCAAGACGAGCGAGAUCGGGAACACGGAUGCUGAGGGUCGGCUGGUGCUUGCGGACGCGCUAGUCGAAGCCUCCUCGGAGAUGCCGGACCUGCUCAUUGACUGCGCCACGCUAACUGGGGCUGCGCGAGUUGCUCUGGGGACAGAAGUGCCCGUGGUUUUCUGCAACGACGAGGACCUGGCGGCCAAGCUGCACACCCUCAGCGGAAGCGUGUCCGAUCAGGUCUGGCGCCUUCCUCUGUGGGAGGGUUACCGAAGCCAGCUUUCGUCCAAGAUAGCUGACCUCAAGAACGUCGGGGCCGGAGGAUACGGAGGAGCAAUCACCGCCGCGCUAUACUUGGACGAGUUUGUGGGCGAAAAGGCUUCCCCCUCCACGGAAGAGGGAGAAGGAGGAAAGAAGGAGAAGCUCCCCUGGAUACACAUGGACUUCAUGGCGUUCAACACGAACUCCAGGCCGGGGCGGCCGGAGGGUGGGGAGUCGCAGGGCAUGCGAGCCCUGUACGCGCUUCUCGAGGACAAGUACGGGUCGGCGUGAGGACGUCGGAGGGGGGGUGCU